CCCUUCCUACCAUCUCCCCCACCCCUAUCUCUUUACAGGACUGCCAACCCGUCUAGAGUUAUUCCAGGAAUGCGUUGAACAUGGCUGCCGCGAUGAAAGCACAGAAAACGGGACUGUUGGAACUUCGAGUUACCGUGGACCGCUGGAUCCGGGUGUUGGCCACGCUGAGCGACGAUACUUUAACCAUAAGCCCCGGGGAGGUGAACGAAGACUCGGUGAAACCCAACCAGACUCCCGUCGGUGCCGUGAACGGUGACCCCCCGAACCUCAGCCUGUCCCCAGUACCAGAUACAAUCACUAACGUGAAACGCACCGUGCGGGUCACCAAACAAGAUGUUGGAGGACUUGGGAUCAGUAUCAAAGGGGGCAAAGAGAACAAGAUGCCAAUCCUCAUCUCCAAGAUCUUCAAGGGUCUGGCGGCUGACCAGACGGAGGCCCUGUAUGUCGGCGACGCCAUCCUGUCCGUCAACGGCUAUGACCUGAGGGAGGCCACGCACGACGAGGCCGUGCAGGCCCUGAAGAAGACUGGCAAGGAGGUCAUCCUCGAAGUGAAGUACAUCAAAGAGAUGUCGGCCUUCUUUAAGAACGCGGGGUCCCCAGGGGCCCCUCUCCCGUGGGACUCUCCUCCCUCAACGCCUCAGAGGGGAGCUGACACCCCUCCCGCAGUGCUGAGGGAACCCUGCACUAUCCCACUCAAGAUGUGCCAAGUUACACGGAAACAGUGCCCCCCAGACACCGAAAAUAGGUAUUUUGAGGUAAUCUCAGCCAGCAGAAAGAACUCGGUGUUCCUGAGAGCCAAAGACCCGGCCAUGGCCCAGUCCUGGUACAACGGGAUCCAGGCGGGCUCUGCAAACCUGCUGCCCCAGGUCAAGGAGGACAUAAAGGACAUGCAGAGCUCCCUGGAGGUCAAGCAUGUGGGCUGGAUCACAGAGCAGGUCAGCCAGGGUCCAGAGAAGCCGGUGCUUGCGGUGUUGACUGAUAGAGAUCUGCUCCUCUACCCCUCCCUGCCAGACAGCAAAGAGUCCCUCAACAACCCCACCAAGAGCCAUCCACUCAUCACUACACGACUGGUCCACUCGGGACCAGGGAAGACCUCCCCUCUGCUGGAGUCUGAGCUGUCGUUCGGCCUGCGCACGGGCACCAAGCAGGGGGUGGAGACCCACGUGUUCCGGGUGGACUCCACCCGGGACCUCUCCACCUGGACCCACCUGCUGGUGGAGGGCUGCCACAACGCCGCAGAGCUAGUCCAGGAGGUCACCACAGCCUGCAGCUGGAACGGGAAAGAGUGCACCCUGGGAGUCCACAUCGACGAGGGCUUCACGCUGUUCACCGAGGACAUGGGCGUGAGGAAGAGCGUCCUGCUGCAGCAGCCCUUCGAGCGCCUGCGGAUGUCCUCCGACGACGGCGUGCGCAUGAUCUUCCUCGACUUCGGAGGCUCCGAGUCUGAGAUCCAACUUGACCUUCACUGUUGUCCCAAGACCAUCGUCUUCAUCAUCCACUCAUUCCUCUCUGCUAAGGUCAAGCGACUGGGUCUGAUGGCAUGAUGAUAGACACCAGGAGUACACACACACACACACACACACACACACACACACACACACACACACACACACACACACACACACACAUAUAU